AUUGCAAAAUGGUGAUUGCAGUUUGAAUUUUUGUGAAUUUUCUUCGUAAUUUCGUUCUUAUUUUCGACUUGAAGUUGCUUCUGAUUGAAAAGCGAUCAAGAUGAUGCAAAUAACUGACUUUCAGAAAAUUGGUGUUGGCCUAGCUGGCUUUGGUAUAGCCUUCCUUUUUCUUGGUGUUCUGUUCUUCUUCGACAAGGGAUUACUGGCAAUUGGGAAUAUAUUAUUCAUCUGUGGAUUAGCAUUUGUUAUUGGACUAGAAAGGACAUUUUUGUUUUUCUUCCAAAAGCACAAACUCAAAGGGACUGCCUUCUUUCUCGGUGGUAUACUAAUAGUUCUUCUAGGAUGGCCAAUGAUUGGCAUGUGUGUAGAAAUAUAUGGUUUUGUACGUUUAUUUAGUGGAUUGUUUCCUGUUGCCAUUAGUUUUCUCCGCCGCGUCCCAGUCAUUGGAUCAGUGCUCAAUGCCCCAUUCAUUAGUUCGUGGUUGCCAAAAGGGGGUUUAGAUGCUGAAGCAGGAGUUUAAGAUUGUCACAAAACUCGGAGGUGAUUCAAAUUCGAUGGUAUAGUAGUGAAUGUCCAGGGAACGGCAAGAUGCAACAUUAUUGGCUGGGAGCUGAAGGGACUCAGAUGCCAGCCUGAAAAAUAUCAUUUUUACGAAAUAUUUUGUUAUGACCUCAUGUAUUACAGGGUGUAUAAAAAAAUAUAGGAGAGAGACUUCAUGUCCUUUAUAGAGACAAUGUGUCAGUCAGGACUACCUGUCAUCAUUCUAGUUAUUUGGAUGUGUUCAGGCAGUGCAUGGCCCGCUUAAAGGCCUGCGUGUCAUAUCAAAAAGGAAAAGGGCUGAAUGCCUGCCUGGGACAAAAUAAGGAGCAUCUUAUUGUAUAGCAUAGCUAAAAGAGAAAUGUCAACACUUCACUUUAUUUUGGUGAAUUGAGAAUGUCAGCUCCAUGAGUCUGGGUAAAAAGUAUGACUGCCCAAAAAAAUUGGAUUUGGUAUAUUGUGUGCAAGUGUUGGAAAAUCAUGAAAAAUAGAUAAGAUAGCACUUUUCAAUCUUGAUCAGUAAGUUGUGCAUUUGUUUCAAACGGCCUCAAGUUGAUAGUCACUGAUCUGAUACUGCAGGGACAUCUGGGAGAGAGAAGUUUUUCCAAGUGUGUUUUGUAAGAAGUACAUGAUAAGAAGUAAGAAAUGGCAAAUAACAUGUGCGCUAGUCCAGACAAGUCAGAUUUAUACAAGGUUCACUUUACCAUGUCACUGUUGCAAACUGUUUAUCUAUAGUAAUAUUCGGACUGUACGUCUUGGAGACUGAAAUGUAACUAUUUCAAACCAGUCGCCCUGAACUAUCUAGAGAUGUUUAAGGUAGACACCCCAUCCCUGUCAAUCAUCUUGCAUGUCGUCGGAGUGCAAAUAUAUCACACAUUAUGUACUUGUCUAAACCAUUCUUUGAUAAUAUAAUUUUGUCUCAAAAAUAUAUGUCUGCUGUAUAUAGUUAA